AUGAUUUUGAACAGCUUAAACGAAACUUUAAUCGUAAUCAAUCAAACAGUUUGUGAUAAGAUCAAUAGAACAGUGGACAAUCCGAAUGUAACGAUCGGUGUCACAUAUCUCACAUUCAGUCUUAUAUUCCAGAUUGCUUAUUUGCCAUGUUUUGUGACAUUUUUACAUCGUGAUCAACGAUGUCAUUCAUGUUUCAAAUUAAUGAUUGUAAUUGGUAUCGUUGAUAUAAUAACUACAAAUAAUGAUUUAACAAUUGUUGGAUUUUAUUCUAUCAUAGGAAUUUCAUAUUGCACAGCACCAAUUUUUUCCGCAUUUUCUAAUUUUAUUUCCUUAAGUUAG